UUUUCAAGAAUAACUUCACAACACUCAAACAAGCCAGGAUUGGUGCUACCAUCAGAUGAGGGUCUGUAAGCGAGAGCUGUUGGCGUAACACGUUCAGGGCUCUGCUGAAUCAUGUUUGCCUGUCGCCUGCCCUGGCGGAGAUCUAGUGCCACCAUCCAGCCCUGGCAGUCGGGUCACUUUCUGCCUCGCACCAGGGACAGGUGCCAAACGCCGAGUGUUAAAGGAAUCAGCACGACCGGGGGGCAGGAGCAGCCGGUCAGCCUGCAGGAGAAACAAGUGUUGGAAGAUCUGGAAAUGCCCCUUGCGAGGAGACCAACGGAGACCCUCUUCCAAGAGCAGCCCAAGACUGGGAACCAGUACUUGGAGGACACUUUGCUUCGGAGUUACUUGAAAACACACCUUCCUCCCAAGGUACUGGAGGAGGUGCAUCAGGAGCUGGAGAGGUUUGGAAACCGCCUGCAAACCAAGAUCCAACCCCUGGGAUGGGAAUGCGAGUUGAACCCGCCGGUGUUCCGGCAGUUCGAUGCCUGGGGACAGCGCGUGGAUCGCAUCGACACCUGCUCGGCCUGGAGGAGGAUGAAGGAGAUCUCGGCAGAAGAGGGGCUGAUUGCUGAGGCCUAUGAGAGAAGAUACUCCAACUGGAGCCGCCUGUACCAGGCUGUCAAACUGUACUUGUUCUCAACCUCCUCGGGAGGUUUCAACUGUCCACUGGCCAUGACUGAUGGGGCAGCCAAAGUCAUUGAGUCGCUGGGGAUUCCUGGAUCUCUGAAAAGCGCUUUUGACCGUCUGACAUCCCGUGACCCCAAGAAGUUCUGGACCUCUGGCCAGUGGAUGACGGAGCGCAGGGGCGGCUCGGAUGUUGCUAACGGCACCGAGACCGUGGCCAGGAGGCAGCCGGAUGGUACCUAUCGUCUCUAUGGCUUUAAGUGGUUUACAUCAGCUGCUGACUCUGAUGUGGCAUUAACCCUGGCCAGGAUAGCAGAUGCUGAAGGACAGUGUCCCCAGGGCUCCAGGGGCCUGUCCCUGUUCUUCCUGAGGGUUCGAGAUGAGGAGGGGAAGCUGAACAACAUCCAGGUGCAACGGCUCAAAGACAAGCUGGGCACCAGACAGAUGGCAACGGCAGAGCUGUGGCUGCAGGGAGCCAGAGCAGAGCUGAUCUCUGCAGAGGGUCGUGGAGUGGCCUCCAUCUCCAGCAUGCUGAACAUCACUCGGAUCCACAACAUCAUCGGUUCAGUAGCUUCCAUGAGAAGGAUGAUCAGCCUGAGCAGGGACUACGCCCGCAGGAGGGUUGCCUUUGGGAAGCUCCUCAAGGACCACCCCCUGCACAUGCAGACCAUAGCCCGGAUGGAGGUGCAGUGCCGAGGGGCGUUUCUGCUGCUCAUGGAGGUCGUUCGGCUGCUCGGCCUGGCAGAAACCAACCUAGCCAGUGAGCAGGACCAGCUGCUCCUGAGACUGCUGGUCCCUGUGGCCAAACUGUACACGGGGAAGCAGGCGACUGCAGUGGCUGUGGAGGCGAUGGAGAGCUUUGGGGGCCAAGGCUACAUGGAGGACACGGGCGUGCCAGUCAUCCUCAGGGACACUCUGGUUCUGUCCAUAUGGGAGGGAACAACCAAUAUCCUGUCCCUCGACGUCCUGAGGUCCCUUGCCAAGAGCCAAGGACAGGCGAUGGCCGUGUUCCUGUCCACAGUGCAGAAGAAGCUGGAGCUGUCGGCGGGCACUGCUGGGCUGGCCCCGGCCGUGCAGCGGGUGCGGGAAGGCACGGACAGCCUGGCACAGUUCCUGCAGAAAGCGGGAUCAGAGCCCACCGUGACCAUGGAGCUGGCGGCCAGAGACUUCUCCUACAGCCUGGCACGGAUCUACACAGGAGCUCUUUUGUUGGAACACGCAGCCCGGCCUGGUGCCUCCUCCACAGACACCUGCGCUGCCCUCAGGUGGUGCAACCAGGAGCUGUGUCCGGUGGCCGCAGAGUCGGGGUCUGGCAACUACAGGGCCGGGGCAGCACUGCAGGACAGUGCCCUGGUAUAUGGGGACAGUGCCCUGGUAUAUGGGGACAGUGCCCUGGGACACAGGGACCGCACCCUGGGGCACGGGCACAGCCGUCUCUGAGGCCCCACGGCCCCACCACACACACAAGGGGGGCUGAAAUCCAAAAUAUCCCUCCCAAAAUCCUCAGGUAGCUGCAAAUUCCAGGUGUGGUGGGGACGUUCCACCAAGGGCCAAACCAAAUCCUUCAGGAGUGCCCCCCGCCUGCCCAGGCUGAAAUCCCAACUUUGGGCUGUUUCCUGAUGCAGACACAGCCCUGGGGGUCACUCCAAGAUGCUGGAAUGUUCUCACCAUGAUUUAGGCAAAGCCCAAGCGAUCAAAUCCAGACAAUGACUGGAAGCAGCAGCUCUUCAAGUGCCAGUGCUGUUCUUUGUGAAGAAAACCAACCAAAACCAGACUGAAAACUCUCUGAAGCUUAUUAAAUACAGAAAAACCACCGAUUUUCGCUGUUCACCUUCUUGCUGUCCAGGGCUAACCAUGGGCUUCCACCCUGGCACCUGCCCAGGGUGGGCUUUGCUUCCAGGACAGCCCCUGGCACCAACCGUGACUCCAAGGGUCAGACAGCCCUUCCUCCCUUGACCUCCUCAGGAACUGCUCCUUCCUGAAGAAAAGAGAGAUUUUUAUUCUCUGUGGCCUCCAGAAAGCUGAUUAAUUCCCCAUGCACACGUCCCAGUGAUGCUGCAAUCCAUCCUGACAUAAAUUCUACAUAAAUCUUGGAUUGAAAUCCAGUCAUUCUCCACCUAAAUGCUGCCUGGGUGCUUCUCCUCCCUCAGCCUGCCAGUUGACCUGCUUGGGAUUGCCCUGAUGACUUCAAGGUUUUAAUUAAAAAGUUGCUAAUAACAGAAGAAAAGCACCACUAGGCCAAAGACAGCUGGAAUUUAUAGCUGGGAAGUGCUGCAGCAGCCAGGAGGCUGAGUGGGAUGAGGGGGAAGGAGCUGUUUGCUGAGCAUGGAGCUGUCCAGCACUUCCCUGAGGCCAGACCGGCAGAUCCAGGAGGACACAAGGGACAAACGCCGCCUGCAGGGAGGAGCAGGGGAGCGGCUCCAGUGGGAUGCAGCGAGGGAAGCUCCAUGGGCUCUCUGUGUCCUGGCACGGGGAUCCCAGGCCGAGCCAGGCAGAGAUUCCCUGGAAUCACACAAAUCCCAUUAACCACCCCCAGCACCAAAGGGUUCCCUUUGUAUGUGCAGUGAGGGGAAUGAAGAGUAUUUGGGUUUGAAAAGCCAUUAUAGAACCAUGGAAGGGUUUGGGU